CUCCCAAAUUCCGUGUUUAGACGUUCGGGAAUUUAACAAUUUACGUACUUAACUAUUCAAUUCAAAAUCAAAAUGUCAACUGCUGGUAUGCUUCAUCUUGGUGGGGCAAGAUCAACUGGUCAACCCGUUCGUACCCAGAAUGUGACUGCAGCAUGUGCUAUUGCCAACAUUGUAAAGAGUUCGCUAGGCCCCAUUGGUCUGGAUAAGAUGCUUGUGGAUAAUAUUGGGGAUGUGACAUGUACAAAUGAUGGCGCCACCAUCUUGAAGCUACUAGAGAUUGAGCACCCUGCCGCCAAAGUUCUUGUCCAGCUUGCAGAAUUGCAGGACACAGAAGUUGGCGAUGGAACCACCUCUGUGGUUUUGAUAGCAGCAGAAUUACUAAAAAACGCUGAUGAGCUUGUCAAGUGCAAAAUCCAUCCCACAUCUAUUAUCAGUGGAUAUAGGCUAGCCUGCAAGGAAGCUUGCAAAUAUAUCCAGGAACAUCUCACUAUUAACACAGAUACCUUGGGUCGAGAAUGUAUUGUCAAUGCUGCCAAGACAUCCCUCUCCUCCAAGCUUAUUGGAGCAGAGUCUGACUUUUUCGCCAACAUGGUGGUAGAUGCAGCCAUGGCUGUCAAGGUAUCUGAUGGCAAAGGUGGCAACAAGUACCCCAUCAACGCUGUCAAUGUUCUGAAGGCUCAUGGCCGCAGUUCCACGGAGAGCAUGCUAAUUAAUGGCUAUGCCCUCAACUGCACAGUUGCUUCACAAGCCAUGCCUAAAGUUGUUACAAAUGCUAAGAUAGCAUGUCUAGAUUUUGGACUUCAAAAAGUGAAAAUGCAUCUUGGGGUAUUCGUCUUGAUUACAGACCCAGAGAAGUUGGAUGCCAUCCGCCAAAGGGAAUCUGACAUCACCAAAGAGCGUGUGCAAAAGAUCAUCUCUGCUGGUGCUAACGUCAUCUUGACAACUGGUGGCAUUGAUGACCUUUGCCUCAAAUAUUUUGUAGAGGCUGGGGCCAUGGCUGUGCGCCGCUGCAAAAAGCAGGAUCUCAAACGAAUUGCAAAGGCCACAGGAGCCCAGUUAGUGCAAAGUCUGGCCAACCUGGAGGGAGAAGAAAGCUUUGAAGCUUCCAUGUUGGGAGAAGCUGAGGAAGUUUGCCAGGAGCGUAUCUGUGAUGAUGAACUCAUUCUUAUCAAGGGGCCCAAGGCCCGAUCUGCUGCAUCCAUUGUGCUACGAGGAGCCAAUGACUUCUACGUAGACGAGAUGGAGAGAUCUGUCCAUGACUCCCUGUGCGUGGUGAAGAGGGUUCUGGAGUCCAAGAGCCUGGUCCCAGGGGGAGGGGCUGUGGAAGCCGCCCUUUCCAUAUACCUGGAGAACUUUGCAACUUCUCUGAGCUCCCGGGAACAACUAGCCAUUGCUGAGUAUGCUCGUAGUCUGCUGGUGAUACCCAAAACGUUGGCAGUGAAUGCUGCAAAGGAUGCCUCAGACCUUGUCUCCAAGUUGAGAGCUUACCAUAAUAGCAGUCAGACCAAGGCAGAACAUGUUGAUCUCAAGUGGGUGGGACUGGACUUGUACGAAGGAACAGUACGCAACAAUAAGAAAGCUGGUGUUCUAGAGCCAGCUGUGUCCAAGAUCAAAUCUCUCAAGUUUGCUACAGAAGCAGCAAUAACCAUCCUGCGCAUAGAUGACCUCAUCAAACUUGCGCCUGAGCCCAAAGACGGCAGGGGAGGAGACGACGAGGAUUGAUCUUAUCAUUCCUAGGAAGUGCACUUCUGUUGUGUUUGGUUGAUCAAACUUUCACUGCAAGAGAGCUUUUUUGCUUCUUGAAAAAGAGCAUAUUUUCACUACUGAUAAGAUCGUUUUAUGUAUUCUUGUACAAAAUUGCUCUUGAUUAGCAUCGUCAUCUGUUAAAAAAAAAACUGGACUAAAACUUUACAUUCUUUAAUGUUCUCACCCUUUUUUUAUAUUCUUUAAGGACUUUGUGUAUUAAAUUAUGACCUAAUUGUGAGUUCCCUUCAUUCAAUAAAAUUUUGAACUAAA